AUGAAAACGUUUUGUUGUGCUCUUCUCUAUUUUCUUCCUAUUGCUUCUUGUUGGAAGGAUGAUAUUCUCAAACAGAAAGCGGCAUUUAUGGAGGCAGGAAUGAACGAGACGGCUGAUCCGUGCCAAGACUUUCACGCCUACGCAAACGGACGGUUUAAUUUUACGAAAUUGGAUAUGCAGUAUCUUGAGGAAGCCAAGCAAAUUCUGUCGGCUAAAGGUGAUGGAAAUGAAGUAAGGGUGUUUCUAGGCUAGAUAUACUCUUUCAAAGCGCUGCACGUCAAAUUGGGGAGUCCGGUGACCGGAAUAGACUUUCAGUUUUUUACACUAUGUCUUGAUUUCACAGAGAAGACAGAGAAAAUACGCGGAAAACGUACUCUCUCGUCCCAAAAAUUCCCCAUUUCUUCCUUGACAAAACGUUUUUUUGCGAUUUUUUGUUGGCGAAUUGCCAAUCCAUUCACGCUUUAGCUUAUCUCAGGUUGACGUGCUUGGAGAUGAUGCUUUCAAAGCGCCGUACAAUAAAUUGCCGAGCCAUAGUUUUUUCUCCGCGUUUCGCGUACUCUCUCGGCCCCGAAAAUGGGUGAAUAUCUCGACUGCCCUGGCAAAGCCCGAGUAAAAAGUUUCAGAGAUUGAAAUGUGGUAUAUGCCCAAACAAUGUGGAUAAUUUGAAGAAAAUUUGAGCGUCACACUUGGGGUACUUCACUUGUCAAAGCUCAUAUAGUGAGGAUUUAUUGAAUGGGAGCUGGUUGUACAGGCGCUCCCUGUAGUCAUCAAUUUUUUAUUUUUACUAACAAUAAGCCCUUGAAUUUUCAGUCAACUGUCUUACAAAAAGUCAAGGACCAUUACAAUAAUUGCUCAAAGAAUCCAUCGCUGUUCUUCUGGCGCUUAGAAAAAGCUCUCGAACGAUCUUCGCAACCCGAAGAAAUUGACGACCUUGUUAACGAAUAUCUUGAUAAAUCCUUCCUCACGGACGAUCAAAAAUACCUCAACCUGGUCCAAAAAGCAUACCAAAUGCUGUUCAAGUAUGGAAGCGAUAUGUUUGCAAUAAUAUUUAUGGUGCGUAUAGAAUAUUACGGCCAUCUCAGACUGCCGCAUGAAAAAUACUCCGACAAGGAUGGAAAUUCGUUGGCUGAUGCUAGAAUUAAUUUGUUGGAAAGUAAUGUAACGGACACUGAGGAAUUUUUGUUCGGGAUUUUCGGAGAGCAAUUCGACUUGAGCAACAUUACCGAGGUCGCACUGGUGUUUCCAAAGGGUAAUCAAGUAAGUUUGAGAAAUUAGAAUUCAUCCAUUAACAAGGAAAGUAUUUACUUCUAUGAGGUAUGGAGUUACAGGUCAAGACAUAUAUCAAAGAAAUUGCAAAAUUUUGCUGAUUCGGAAGAUGUGAAAGCGCACUCGUUAUCUUCCUUUGGAAGAAAGCAGUGUGGCCGAGUGGUCUGAGGGCUAGGCUGAGAAUCCGAUGGGAAAGGCUGCCCAUGGGUUCGAUCCCUUUUUGCAAAGAACUCUUUUUUACCACUAUUAAGGUGUAGUCUUAUUGUCAAUCAAAUUUCAUAUUUUAAGGCUUGUCAAGACGCCAGAGUUUGUUUUUGUUCAAAACAAAAUUUUUGAAUUGGUAAAGCUUCGUCAAAAAAGCAUUUGCGCGGUGUUGCGAGAAAAGUUCUGACAACCCCAUAGACCCCAUAGAAGUACUUUCCUUGUUAAAAAAACGGGUCCCGUUAUACUACAAAUAUCUAUACGAAACUCAAACACUACUUUCAGACCUUAUUUGGUUUGUAAUAUUGAAAAAAUCAAAAAAAAUCAAAAGGGGUUUCGAACCCGGCCCGCAGGUUCGCCCCGUUCAGCGCCUUACCCCACUAGGCCACCGAAGCACUGGUGCGCUGUGCUUUGGAAAUCGUUCGGAUUUGUUUCCUCGGAAAAAGGGUGAGAUAAGCCUGGAACUAAGGCGUGCUCGCUAGCUAAGGCGUAGAGCAAAAAUAGCAGCUAAUAAAAUGUGACCCUAGACCAGUUUUUCACGCUCUUUCAAAUGGUGUAUGUCUCAAGAAAAAACCAGGAUGCGCGAUUUUGCCGAUCCCUUGUGAGGGUUUUUUCGCCUUUACAAACCAAAACUGGGCAGCUAAUUUUGGCAUAUUCUGAAUCAGAAAAGUUUUGCGAUUUCUUUGAUAUACGUCUCGACCGGUAACUCCAUACCCAAUUGAAGUACUUUCCUUGUAAAAAAUUGUCAUCAUUUCUUACUAUCGCAUCUUUUAGACACAUCUCCGCGAUGUUUUUCUAUACCAACUCACCGUAGCCCUUCACAAAACUGUAAACAUACCGGAAUACAAGAAUUGUGAGCAUUACAUUCUCGAAAACUUCCUCGUAUACUAUGUGAAAAUGCUCUUCGAUUAUUUGGGAGAGGACUAUCUUGAUCAGAGUAACAAAGCUUACUACGAAGAUGCAGAACGGCUAGUAGAAGCUGCUGAAGUGUCGCUUAGAUUUGGCAAUGUUUUGAGCGAUGAGAUGAGAACAAAGAUGUUGGGGAGGCUGGAUAGAAACAAAUUUUUUGGAAUAAACCAUCCAAUUUACAUGGAUGAAGAAUUUUACAAGUAUUAUGACAAUCUGACUCUUGUGAAUCCAAUUCAAAGCCGUUGGUUGAACCAGUGGAAGCCACUGAUUCGUGCCGCCAAAGGAAAGGAGAAUAUGUUCUAUCACCUGGCGGAUGUUGAGGUAAGCGUAAAGAUAAACUUGUAGCUGCAAAGAAAUUUGACGUGGUCUCUUCGUCCACGCAUUUUUACCAUCAACUUUCCGGAGGAAUAUUUCGUAUAGCUUCACAUGCAAAAUCGCCAAACAUAAGGCAAUCUCGUCGGCGUAAAAAAACGCUCAUCGUCAAACUUUGCAGUUCAACGCCUACCACCAUCCCAUUCCUCAAUUCACAAUUAUUAAUAUUGAUCCAAUGCGGUUCCCCUUCUACCAUCCCUCCUUCUCGCCGCUAAUGCGAUUGUCCGGCACGGGUUCCGUUGUUGGCCAUGAGCUUGGGCAUGACUUUGGUAAGAUUUUGAUUACAAAAAUUUCAAAUCUUCAAUUUUAAAAUUCUAAUUUUUGACUUUAAAAUUCAAAUUUUAGACUUCAAAAUUCAAAUUUUCUAUUUUAAAACUCAAAAUUUUUGACUUUCAGAUUCAAACCUCCUGGAACUAACCGAACUAGACUCUAGCUACAUCGAAAUUUUCGAUUGUCUUUACAAUUUCUACAAUGGUCAGUGCAAUCCUGAGCGUCCGGAGCGUUGUAUUGAUCCCAAGCACAACAUUGAGGAAAAUUUCGCCGACGUUUUUGGAAUUCAAAUGGCCUAUUUUGCGUAUAAAAGAGACGCCGCUAUUAACGGAGUUGGCCAACGACCUCGAGGCAACAUAUUGGACCACCUCACUGAUGACCAGCUGUUCUUUUUGAAUGUCGCGCAAACACUUUCCAUGAUGCCGCCAUGGGACAAGCAUCGAACUCCGGCUGAUCCUCAUUCCCCUGGCCCCACGCGAAUUUGGGGAGCGCUCUCGCAAUUCAACGCGUUCGCGAACGCCUUCAAUUGCCCGGUAGGAAGUAAUUAUCGACAGGAGAAUGGGUGCAAAUUGUAUAAUACGGAUAUUGUGGCGGAUUAUAAUCUGACGAACAUUGAAAUUUAA